GAGAAGAAAGCAGGGAGGAGAGAGAGGGAGGCCAAUUUUGUAAUGCUUUUAAAGGCGAUUUUGCAGGACCGAAGCUUCGAUUUUUCCGUCUUUUGGAGUGAUUGGAUCGAAGGGUGGGAUCGGAAGAGCUUCGAAUUCAAUCGGAAUGUCUGUCUUCUUGAUUGGUUUUGGAAUUUAAGGACUUCGAAAUUCCGGAGCUAUACUGACUUGGGUUCGAUCAGUUUCGGCCGUGGAAGCCAUUUUCGGUCGAUGUCAGUAUCACUGAAAUGGACAAAGCUCGUGAAUUGAAGCGUGGAGGGAGUCGGUUCUCGCCCGCCAAGCAGCGACGGCUCAAGGCAUCUGGAUCAUUGAAUGGGUGCAACAACCUGGACUUUUCGGAGAGAUCAAAGAAAGAGAGGGUCAGAGGUUUGAGGGUGAGCUGUAGAGCGAGCUCCAGCAACGAAGACAGUGAGAUGGGUGGUGGUGGUGGAUCUGAAGGUGAAGAGGAGCUCCGCUUGCCGAGUACUAGCGGUGAUAGGAGAUUUAAGCUCAAUGGGAAGGCCUUCGAGGAUUGCAGUACUGUGGAUCCUGCUUCUGUUCCGCGGAAAUUGAGAUCAGCUAUGAGCAAGCGCAACCGUGAAUCCAUCUCUCCACCUAUGCCCGAUGCAAAGAAGGUUCAUCAUGCUUCCAACAGAACUGAAGCUCCCCUUGUUAAUGGCACGAGAAGAUCCAAGCAUAACAUGAAGCAAGGGAGCUUGGACAGGCCUUCAAAGCAGCCCAUCUCAAUUACGAAAGAUGAGGAAGAAGUUGCGGAGGCCUUAUAUGCUUUGGCUGGAAUAUUCCCUGACAGCAAACUGGCUACCUGUAAGGUGGAGAGGAUGACAGACAAAGAAGAACAUUCGCCCUUGCCAGAUACAGCAGAGAACUCCCUGCCCCCCUCAGAAGUUUCUAAAGAGGAGAGCACGGAAGUUCCGUAUGCCCCUACCGCCACAACUCCUACCAAUCUUUCUUCAUGCCAGGAAGAAUUGCCUGAAGUAACUGUAAAAGCUGAAGCCGUGACUAAACCCACUGUUCCAGAGGGGCCUGUAUUUGCAGGGAUCCAGAAAUUAGAUCUGGAGUUGAAUAGCCCGGCUCAAGCUGAUCUCCAAAGGAAUGGUUCCUUGCCUGAGAAUGAAUAUAAGGAAAAGACGAAUUUGAGUGGUGCUGUGAACUUGUCAAUCCCGAUGCAAAUUUCAUCCGAAUCAUGCCUUGGAAAUGGAUUAUUACAGACAAUUCAACCUGAAGCUCUUCCACUGAGAAAACCAGAGGAGAAUGGGACAUUGCCGGCCGUAUCUGUUGCAAUUAAACAGGAAGCACCAGCCACCAAGGAAAGCACUGAAAGCAGUGAACGUCUUACGUCCAUGGAAGAUUUACGGCAUGGUAUGCUUAAUGGGUUGUCCAAUGGUCAUCGUAACUUAACAAGGUCAUCUUCAGUGCAAGCUGCAGCUUGGCCAGAUUCUGCAACUGGCGCAACAGUACCUGUUAUAACUGGAAAUGAUGUUUUGGCUGUAAAGCUUCCUCCAGUUACAGUUAAAAAGAGUCAGUCAUGGAAACGAUGUGCAACUCACAUGCACAUAAGCCGGCUCAUCUGUGCCUACCAAAGCACAGAGAAGAAGAGCAGGUGCGCUCUUCCGGACAAUCAUCCAAAACCAAAGGAAGGAGCAAGGUCUGGUGUUAUCAUGCUUAAAAAUGGCCUGAAUAACAUUCUGUCUGCUGGUGCAAACUCUUUGGUGGCUGAGAGAAAUUCAUCACACGAAGCAAGAAUUGGGAUUCGACAGGAUAACAGGUUCCUGCAAGAUCAGCAAUCUUCAACCUCGUCCGGGGUCUAUGCCCAGCAGAAGCAGAGUUGUGAUUUUCUGUCCUUGUCGGCUGGCCUUGAGUCAAGUAACAAUGGGCUGGAAUCCACGGCUCAGCUUCAGGUUCCUUACUUGCAUCCACUCGUCCAACAUCCGGUCAUGCCUUUCUCCCUCCCACAUGCUCGUUAUUCCUCUGCCUAUCCCGAACAGCUAGCAGCGGCCGCAGCAGCAGCAGCACAACAGGUGCAACUGCAGCUGCCCCAGUAUAUGGGCAAUCCAUUUUAUGGGCCACAGGUGGGCCAUGGAGGAGGCUCAGUGAAGCAGCAGCAACAGCAACAACAACAGAUGUGGGUCGCUCAGAUGGCUCAAUACCUGCCCCCGGGCUACCCCUCAUCGCUCCCCCCAAAGAGGCAAAAUGGGAGACACGACUCUCCUUCCCUUGUUCCCUGCACACAGGCUGCCAUCCCCCCAUCACCAUCUUCUCUGGAGCUGCUCGGAGCCACCAAGUACUCGCCUGCCCCACAGCAGCCCUUUGCCUUCCCAUCGUCAUCUCCAUCCAGAUCAAAGAGGCAGCCACAGCAGCACCAUCCCAGCAGUUAUGACGAGGGUGGCGGUGGCGGCAGCGGCAGUGUGGCAGGGUUCCGCUCAGAUGGCCUGCCGCAGCACCUGCAGCUACUCUGCAAUGCCCAGCACAUGUGAAGCAGUGGGGGGUGGAUGAAUGGAUGGGAAUUGGCAAAUUGUUUUAUUCUUUCCGGUGGGGACGCUUGCCAAUGUGGGAAUGCUGGAUUGGUGGGGCCCCCUCCUAUGUAUGCCUUGAGCAGGCAGGUUGGCUGGCUAGCCUUCUUAUCUUCUCUCUUAAGAAUCCACAAUCCUGUCCCCACCUGCAUUGUUCAUCAUCACGGGCCAUUGAAUAGUGGGCUCUACGACAUGGGAAAAAGGCCACAUGGUGGUACCGAGGGAAAGAGAUUGAUUGAAGUGGGAAAUCAAAAGGGGCUUGGAAUAAAGGCAAUUUGGGGGGGUUUGGUCUGCAGUUGCAGGUUUUGGAAAUAUCAGGUGAGUUAGGGUAUGCAUGGCCUACAUUAGCAUGGCACUGAAAGCAAGAGAUGGUGGGUGAGUGUGGAAGUAUUUGUAUCUACGGUGCACUUGUAUUUACCAUAUCUUUUUUUUUUUUUGGGUCAGACGAGGUCUGAAAUGGGGUCUGUUACAAGGUUUAGAUAUUUGGUGGGAAGUAGGAUUUUCGCCAAGGAAAGUUUUGGAGAAAUGAAAAUGUUACAUCCGUUUCUUCUU